AUGUUGGGCAUUAAAGAAGAAACCUCGUUGACUGACACUCAGUUUGGUUGGCUAGGCUCUAUAUUCUUUAUAGGGUACCUGAUAUUCCAGGUGCCAACAGCAUAUCUUAUUCAAAAGUUUUCGGUUGGAAAAUACCUAGGUGUAAUAAUGGCGUCCUGGGGCAUCGUCCUAGGUCUGACCGCUAUUUCAAGAAACUUUACUCAUUUGAUGGUGUUCAGAUUUCUUCUGGGUAUAUUUGAAGCCGGCGUAUUUCCUGCAGCAAAUAUUUUGAUCAGUCGUUUAUAUCGCCGCAACGAGCAAUUCACUCGCAUAGCUGCGUUCUAUAUUGUCAGUGGCCUCUCUAUGUCUACUGGAGGAAUACUCUCUUACGUUAUUGGCCACAUGGACAGUAUUUGGAGUCUCAGUGCGUGGAAAUGGAUGAUGAUCAUUCUCGGUAGCGUAACGGUCUUGGUCGGUAUUCUCUGCUUUUUCAUCUUGAAAGAUGAUGCGAAAUCAAUUGUGAACUCACCUAGCGAAGAGGCUAUCAUCGAUCUUCGAAUAAAAGAUAAUUCAGUCAUUGUUACAAGAAAAUUCAAGAUAUCUCAAAUAACUGAGGCUUUGACAGAGUACAGAUACUAUUGUUAUAUGGGCUUUUCUUUCUUAGUGUCUCUGCAGAAUGGCGCUUUAUUAGUAUUCAGCUCCAUCAUUACUAAAGGAUUUGGCUUUUCUGUAAGUUUGAAGGAAUUGGCACAAGUCUAUGAAUACAAACAAACCAAACUUGACUAG